UUAAUAAAUCCGAUUUUACCUGAAUGCAACAUUAGAACCGGUCAGUUUCUCAACGCACCGCCACGCUCACUUUGGAUUAAAAAAAAAAAAAAAAACGUGGUUGCCAUAGCAACACAGAACUGAAGGGUGCUACGGGAAAGAUGGAGAGAAAGGCAAAGGCCGCUGUCGAGAAAUAUUUGACAAGAUUUAAUACCUACGAGGAUUAUCUCGACUCCAAAAUCAAGCGUAGGGAUUUGGAGUACCUGUCGAGCAGGGAGAUGGCCCGCCAGAUGUUGGAGUUUGGCUACAUGGGAUGUCAUGUCCUGAACAGGGAGGAAUUUGAUGAAAAGCGAGCAGCUGGAGUGGCUGCAGAGGCCAAGGCAAAUGCAAAGACACUGGCAAGUGCAGGAAAAGAACUCAAAGAUAACUUCCUGAAAGAACUGGCAGAGCGAGAGGAGCUCAACCGCAAUGGGAAGAUGGUUACGGUCAUUUUCAUAAAUGGCUGUAACGCUCUUGGACAGGAAGUGCUUGGCUAUAUAGACUACGCCCACAGACUCAAAACCGAAGAUUUUGAAGAAUAUUUCAACGGAAAGAAGCUUAUGCCAAGACAAUCAGAUAUAUUGUACAUCAACGAGACGACUCAGACCAUCACGUCUAAGUCAAGCCCAAACUAUCGGGUGAUUUUUGAGAGCAAUGGUGAUGUCACCUUCAAGAACAGGACAGACAGAACGAUUCUGUAUACUGACCCAAGGUUUUCUUUCAGGCACAAGGAAGACCUCAAACUAGCUGGGUGGCAAACGAGCAUUUCCUCCUCAUCUACAGCUGUUUAGAUUUACAGGCCGCCGCUCACUCAUGUGGCCGAACGGCAGUGAUGAAACUUGCCCGCUUUGCUCUCCCUCCCCUGAAAGUGGCGCAAGUCGCUGCAAACACCUACCAAUCAAAACAGCGGACGCGCACAUGAAAAUCAGGCAAUUGGAAGGUGGGCUGGGCGAGCGGAGCGUGGCGGUUGGACAAACAAGCAAGUGUAAGGCUCAUGAAAUGCACUGGCUGCUUUUUUUAUUUACCUUACCUCUCUGGAAGAGCUAACCUCAAAAACACAAGUCAUUGGAAUUCACUGAGACAGAUCAUGUGUCUGUAAAUAGUAAAGAUUUCACAAUAAAGUCUAA